AUGGUUAUACCAAUAAUUUUGCGUUUUGCUAGGAGAGCAAAAAUUGGGUCGCACGCGCAAGCAGCUGUCAUCAUGACCUUGAAUGAAGAGCAGAGAAAGCAAUUGUUGCAACCGUUAAUCGACAAAGGAUGGAGAAUGGUUGAAGGUCGAGAUGCCAUUCGAAAGAAUAUAGAGUUCAAGAAUUUUAAUGAAGCGUUUGGUUUUAUGACACAGGUAGCAAUGUAUGCAGAAAAAAUGAAUCAUCAUCCGGAAUGGUUCAAUGUAUAUAACAAGAUUGAAGUGACUCUAAGCAGUCACGAUGUGAACGGCUUGUCGGAAAGAGACAUAAAACUGGCCAGCUACAUCGAAAAAUUAUCCAGCUAA